UCUGCUUUUAAGGAUAACGUUUAGUAAAUGAAAAUUUUAGGUGGUAAGGAAAUUGGAAAUGAUUCAAGGUAGGGAACCCAUUGCAAAGUGUAUCUAUUUUGGUAAGCCAAUUGAAAAGGAUGAUAAUAACGCCGAGAAAUUAAUAAAUAAGUCAAAAUUGAAAAAUAUUGAGAGACAAACACGAGCAUUUUACAAGGAUAUAACAAAUUUCGGUGGAAAAGAGGAAGUGGCCGAUGAACUUCUUAAGUACAAUCCUUCCGGAACAUUUACCACGUCAGCGCCUCCCACCCAUGUUCCAUGUGGGAGUUAUAUUCUACCGAAUCAUGGUUAUGUUGAACCUGACAUUAAUUUAGAUUAUUUAGACCAUUACUUGUCUGCUGACUAUGAAAGCAAAGCAGACGCAAUAUUUGUUAAAAAAAUGGAAAAGUUGAGUCAGAGAAUUGAGGAAGUAAACAGAUCGUUCGAAGGAUUAGAAGAAAAACUUCAGAAGUGCUUAUCAUCUAGGGAAAAGGAAAUAUUGAGCCAGACUAUGCUCCAUGAGGAGGCGCUAAACAAUUGCGAGGAAGUCCGAAAAUUAGAAGCAGAACUAUCGCAAAUUCGAAAUGAGGCCUGUGACUUCUCUCAACCCGAAGGCGCAACUGUGGGGAGCUUUUGUUGUAAGAUUGAAAUUAAGCGUAUCAUUAAACUGCAACGUAAAGUGGAUAAGGUUAGAAGUUUAAGCCUGCUAAGACGCUGUGAUUUACAAAAUUGCGAACAUGGUAAAGGCGAAUUGAGAAAUGAGAUAACUCAACUGAAGUACGACAUAAAGGACGCUGCCGAAAUUCUGAGACAAUACGAAAAAGAAGUUGAGGCCUUGCAAGCUUCAAUUGCGAAGGAUGAUAAAUGGUUAAAUUGGAGAAAACCAGUGGAAGAAAAGCUUGAAUCGACGAAAUUUGCUGAUCCUAAAGUUUCGGGGUUGAUAUCACUGCAAUCAAAAGUUUCUGGUUGUAUGGAAAAUGAGAGGAAGGAAAGAAUGGAAAUAGAAAGUGAGCUCAAACUGGAUUCUCCUAAUAAUGCGAAUAUUUUAGGACAGGGAGUAUCAUAUCAACAUCCAGAUUUGGGAAAGAAAUAUUUGAAAAAAACGUCUUCUGAAAUAUCAACGCCAGCAAUUUCCGUUCGAAACAGAUCGGAGAAUAUAACAAAACUUGACAGUUCAAUCCACUCUAGUGAAUCACCUGAAAUUCUCGUGGAAAAACAGUUAGAGCCUUCCUCGGAUGGGAAUUUUUUCAAGCAGUAUGCUGAGAGUUCUGCAAACCGUGGCCUAAACACGUUAUCAUCCUCUAGUUUGAAGCAAUAUUUGAAUGACUCUUCAAAAAGCGGGAAUCAUACGGAAAGUAGUGCUACGAAUUCUACUGGUUAUUUAUUAUGUCGUACUCCUGAUUAUGAAAGGGGGAAACAGAAAAAAGAAAAACUCGAUAAACAUGGAAAUGAGAAACAAAUCCAAAUUUCUCCGAAACGAUCGGGACAAAAACUAGAUGAACAGUCGGAGCUCCGUGAAAAGAUAGGUCCUUGUUCAGCAUCCUCUUUGUCAGAUGGUUUUGCUCGAAAUGCAUCUGAGAAUUUUGGUAAGAACAACGGUCUGAGAAGCAAUAAGUGUCAAGUAGUUAAACCUGAUUUAGAACCUAAAAGCAAAUCUGCUAGUUGUCCGGCGGUAAAAGAAAAGGAAAUGCCAACUGGACGUCUCGAUAUUCAAAAUAAGAACCCGGAGUUGGGAAAACGCAGCAAACCGGAUGCUGCCAAAACGGAAACCUCUCCGAAAAAGAAAGAAAGUUCGAAGUGUAAAUGUAGAUGUAAAUAUGGGGAAUUUAUCGGUAGAACGUCAAAAGUCGCCCCAAAGGAAAAAUCCCCAAACACUACCAGUACCAGUAGCGAACUUGAUGAUGAGCAGACAUGCGAUUCGCCAUUGGAUCAGAUAUACCCUACUAAGCAUAAACGUGAUGACUUCCAAGACCCUCCAGCUGGUGGGGCUUCCGGGGGGAAUGACAAAUUAGGUAGACAUGAUGACAAGUCGCACUCCACCAGACAAGAAAAGAAGGAGGAGCCCAUUGGUCGAGGCAGAUAUCGCGGGACUAAUUAUGGAUCGGGCAGGCAUCAUGGUGAAUCCAUCAAAGCUAUUCAUCUUAAUCGGCCAGUAGGAAGAAAUGCGGGCGUUUUAAAUAUAAAGAAGGAUGUGUCAAACGAAGGUGUUGAACUUGCGAGGGAUGAUACCAACACCGAAAUUCAAAUACCCCUGCUUGAAGAUCACAGUCCUCUUAAAAAGGAAACUUCUCAAAUAGCAAUGCGGUUGCAAACUGCUGUGGCAGAAGUAGCGAAAGAAAUAUUUAAUAAAGUUCAAGAAUAUAUUAGAAAAGGUGGAAAUAGGCGCAAAUAUACCCAAAAUGGGAAGAAUAAUGUUUUAAGCAAGAUUAUUAACCUUGACUAUUCUAUGUCGGGCCUCGAGGAUAAGUUUAACUUAAGCCAAGAAGGAAAGAAACCAUUUGAAGUUGAUGGUCAUCUGAAAGCUAGUGACUACCAUUCCAAAUUAGAUAAUAUGAGACAACAUAUUCAACAUGACGAAUGUGAAGUCGAUGUGGGAAAAAAUAAAAAUGAUUGUGAAAUGAUUAUGAAAGAGCAUCGGUGGGCGGAUACUAUAUUGAAUGAAAUUAUUGCUCUCCGAGAAAGUAAUACAACUCUUCAAGAAAAGAUCGAAGAAAUUAUAAAACAAAAUGCUUUUGAAAACGAUUUAAAGAAGCAAGGGGUGCAGAGUGACUUUUCUUCUGAAGAGAGCAAGGUGUCCUUGAAUUCCGCAAUUCAGAAAUUGAAUCUGUGUGGUCUAAAGUUCGAUAAUAAUAAAAGAAAAUUGAGAGUAACUGAAGACGAAAAGAAUGAAACAUAUUCUGGCGAUAUUGGAAAGCCCAUCCCAGAAUUUGUUCCUUUUGAAUUUCAAAUGAUCCCUAGUUGCCACGAACAUCUUUCGAAAUUUAUACAGAAUGAAAAUCAAGUCAUAGAAAGUUCUGAGCGGGAAAUCAGCGAAAUGUUCCUUUGUCAAAACAACCAAAAGAAUUGGCGGGAUCUUCACAACGAAAGGAUGACAAGGACACAAGUGGAAAUAUCAACGCAAAUGUAUCAAGCCGACUGCCAGCAAAGUUUUCAAUCUCUUAAUGGGAUGGACUCGAUGCAGAUAAUGAAACAAUUUGGACCUACGUGGAAAACUGGGAAGAAUAAGGAUGAUUUUUCUCUACCAAACCAUGGAUGGAAUGGAGAGUCCGAGAUAGAAAGUACCCAAGUGCAGAUCAAGCAGUUAAUGAAGAAAAUUGAAAACCAAGCUUCCCUCAUCAGAUAUUACGAAAGAGCGGCUCGUCGUGUAGAUGGAAACAGAUAUGAAACAUUGAAGAAACUCGAAAGUAGUAGGGAAAUUACGAGUCUCUGUAAGGAGGCUGAUAUAAGUGAUCCCGACCAUAUACGACAAAAGAAUCAAUUGAAGAAGGAAGAAGUUAAUAAUAAUAUGUUACCGAAAUCAGAAGGACAUCAAAUUAUGAUGGAAACGGGGGAAGGAAACGACCUAUUAGAGAGCGUAAUUGGAAUAACCGAAUCAAAUUUAGCAAGUGAACUUGGCGUGCGGGAUAUAGAAAGUAUUUCAUCAACACUUGAACCUCAGAACGAAUUGCUAGUAGAUCAGAUUAAUAAACAAAGUGACAUGAGCAAUGACCAAAUAAUUGAAAAGAAGGAAUCGACUGCACAAUGGCCUACUGAAAAUAAGGACACGCUCUGGAAUGAAAAUAGCGUUAAGAGCCAAAACUUGGGUAUUGAGUAUAAUUCUAGAGUGCAAUCCCUGGAAACAGCGGAAAAACACCAAGAUUUGAAAGAGCAAGUGAACAGAUUUUCCGCGAAGAAUAAUGUCCAUGACAUUAAAGUCAAACAUCCUGGUAAAGUUGAGGAUCAGCCAACUCCAACAACACCAAAACAAUAUAAGAACUGUAUGUUCCCUUGCAAUGAGAAAAACAUUUGCCUGACUUCCGUAACCCUAAAUAAUAUGAUCGAAAAUCGCUCAAAACAUGUCCGUUGGGAUUUGCCCAACUCCUCUUCGAAAAGUGUUCGAGUUAAGGUCAAGUCCGUCGCAACGCAGUUCCAAGUAAAGGAACACGUUUGCAAUAUACGUGAAUGCAAAUUGUUGCUCAAUUUUCUCCAGAAGGAAAUUUACAAAAACCUGAAUACCAUCUACACGAAGGUUGAUCGAAAGUACAUCCGCAAGGAACUGGAUGAUAUAAGGGAGGCUCUGGAAUGGGCUAAACAUAAAGUUAGCAUCAUAUCAAUGUGCAAUUGCAAGAAUGAUAUCUACUCAGGUAUAUCCCCAAAUAAAGCUACACCACUUUUGCAAAAGAUUUGUGGAAAAGUUAUGAUGGAAGGAGUGCAGGCUUUGAAGUGUAAAGAGCUCAUUUAUUUGCACAAUAUUGUCUACAAGGCCGGUGUGGAUUGUGUGAGACAAAUGAAGCGAAAACAAAAUACCCGUUCGGAGAAAGCGCCAAAUCUGUCCUUUGGAGCUAAAAUGAGAAGUUUGGAAAAUGACAUUGAUGUGACAAGAGGAUAUAUAGAAAAAUACCGGAAGUUUUCCCGAAUUUGA